CACGACUCUGUCCGGCGCUUGACGGGCGUUGGAUGGUCUGUCUCUCUCUCUAUCUCCCUCCCUGCCCGCGGGACCGACGUUGUUACGUGCUGUACCAUUUGGCCGAGCUCUGCGGCCUGCCCUGUUUCUGACUUUGGCCCGAUAGAAUAUCUCCCAUACCGACGCAUCAAUAUAUGUCUGGUCGUAAGCGCAUACCGACUCGACUUUAUCCCUCCGACUUUGUGCUCCCGUGAACAACAGGCCUACAUCAACCUGCCUGCCGCCAUUGCUCCAUUCACGAGUGUUCAUAUUCGACACACACCGCACGACUCCUGCGACAGAUAAGACGACCGUCUCUCUUCAUCCGUCUGCCACCAGGCGCUGAACAGCACGUGUUGAUCUUCAAAGCAACAUCCUCAACUCCACUCUUCCUCUCACACAAUGGCUCCCGUCCUUUCAAAACAAGAGCUCCCUCCAUGGGGCCUCGCCCUCGCCGGGUCGGCCGGUGCAUUGGUCGCCAACGCGGUCGUCUACCCACUCGACGUCAUCAAGACCCGUCUGCAGACUCAGGUGAAGAAGAGCGCGACCGACACCUACGUGACACAGCCGGGCGAAGUCCACUAUGAGGGCACCAUGCACGCCAUGCAGCAUAUCGUCGCCGAGGAGGGUGUCGGCGGUCUCUUCGCUGGUAUCGCGGGCAGCUUGACCGGUGUCGUCAGCACCAACUUCGCAUACUUCUACUGGUACGGCGCCGUGCGCACUUUCUACAUGGAGAAGGUGGCCAAGUCAAACCAGGCGCCCAGCAUCGGUAUCGAGCUCAGCUUGGGUGCGAUUGCGGGUGCUCUGGCGCAGAUUUUCACCAUUCCCAUCUCGGUCGUGACCACACGACAACAGACACAGAAGAAGGCGGACCGCAAGGGUGCGUUGGCCACGGCGCAGGAGGUGAUGGAUGGCCCGGAUGGUGUCGCCGGUCUUUGGCGAGGAAUCCGUGCUAGCAUGGUCUUGGUCGUGAACCCGGCCAUCACAUACGGUGCCUACGAGAGACUACGGACCGCGUUCUACCCGAACAAGAAGAGCCUUCAGCCUCACGAGGCUUUCAUCCUCGGCGCCCUCUCCAAAAUGCUCGCCACCGUCGUAACCCAACCCCUCAUCGUCGCCAAAGUCGGCCUCCAGUCCAAGCCCCCGCCAGCCCGCCAAGGCAAACCCUUCACCUCCUUCAUCGAAGUCAUGCAAUUCAUCGUGCAGCGCGACGGAAUCCUGGGUCUAUACAAGGGCAUCGCGCCCCAAUUGCUCAAGGGAUUCCUCGUGCAGGGUCUUCUGAUGAUGACCAAGGAGCGCGUCGAGUUGUUGUUCGUCCUUCUCUUCCGCUAUGUCCGGACGCUGCGCGCGGAGCAGUUGGACAAGCUGGCGAACGCGGCCGCCGAGAAGGUCGCGGCGGCCAAGCAGGCGGUGGCGUGAGCGGGACGUGUGUGAAACUGAUGGAAGCUGCGACUGUUUAGCCUUGGAUCACGUCUGCUCAUCUCAUCACCCCCCUCCGUCCCCCUUUUCAUUCACUGUACAGUGGUGAUCCAAUUCCUCCCUCGAACUUUUCCCUUUUCCUUCCUUCUCGGCUAUGGGGUGAUGCACCUGGCCGGCUGGUCGAUCUCAUUAAUGUCUUUAGAUGUGUGUGUGCAUGUGUGGGAAAAUCUGUGUGGGAGUUGAAACAUUUUCCAUCGAUCUUUUUGUGCUUGUUCAUGGUGGAGCUUAGCUGUCGAGGAAUUAGCGAAAGAAAACAACAAUAGAAUUUUUUGAUCAAUUCAUU